UUUUAGAUACAAAGUUCAAAGCAAACAUGUCAUCUUCGAUAGUAGUUCCUGUAAUUGAUGUCCAUAGCAACAAUUUCAAGGAGCUAUGGCCAGCCAUGGUGGUUGCAAUUAAAACAUCAUCCUUCAUUGCGCUUGACACGGAGCUGAGUGGUCUGGGAAACAGAAAGUCCCUGUUGGCUGAAUCAAUAGAGGACAGAUACAAAGCAAUAUGUCACGCUGCUCGAUCUCGCUCCAUCCUUUCUUUGGGAAUUGCGUGUUACAAGAAGCUGGACCAAAAGCCUCCAGACUCCUACCUGGUCCAGGUGUAUAACCUCACCCUGCUGUGUUCAGAGGAGUACAUCAUAGAGCCGCAGUCGGUCCAGUUUCUGGUGCAGCAUGGGUUUGACUUUAACAAGCAGUAUGGCUGUGGGAUCCCUUACUGCAAGGGCAACAAUAAGGGAGGUUCAGACGAACGUGGGGUCCACAUCCGAACUUUGUUCACUGAGCUGCUGCGAGCCAGGAAGGCCCUGGUGCUACACAACGGGCUCAUCGACAUGGCCUUCCUCUACCAGAGUUUUUAUGCCCACCUCCCCGAGCGGCUAACCACCUUCACAGCUGACCUGUCUGAGAUGUUUCCCGCUGGGAUUUACGACACCAAAUACGUGACUGAAUUUGAGCUCCGGCUGACCGCCUCGUACCUGGAAUACGCCUACAAGAAAUGUAAGCUGGAAAACAGCCGCAGUGUCACUUCUGGCUCAGCUGGACCUCACGUCCACCUAGAAUUUUGCCAGUACGCGGGCGACUUGUCCACCUACAUAGACUACAGAGAAUGUCCGGCCGUUACAUCCACAGAGGGACAGACGGAUGUCUGCCAGCGCUUUUCAGCUUUUGGCUGGUGUCCAAACGGCACCAAUUGCCCGUUGUCCCACGACACAGACCUGAUCAUCCUGCAGGAUGAAAAAUGUAAAAACGACAAAAGGAAAAGGCGGAAGAGACUGAGAGAUAAAAAGGGGGCAUCGGAUACAGGCAAGGACUGCUCCGUCUCCGACGGCGCCCCAACGAAUAAAAUGGCAAACAUGGAAGAGGAUAAGGAAGAAGCAGCCGGUGACCAAAAGGAGGGGGACGAAAAAUCAUGCACCGAUGGAAACUCUCACAUGGACGACGGGCGGGAUAUGAAAAACGACGACGAAGAAGAAAACGGAGUCGGUGAAGACAAAACGAACCCCGGAGACUCUGCGGUGAGCGUCGGAGAAGGUACCGGCAUCCGUUCUACGGAGUCCAACGCCGAGGCGAGGAAGAAGGCGGACGCGGGAACGCACCGGGCGGGCUUUGACGCCUACAUGACGGGAUACAUCUUCGCCUACGCGUGCGCGCUCAUCAAGAAGGAGGCGGAGCCUGGGCCGGAAGGAGCCGACGCCCAGUCAGAGGAGUCCUGGCUCCCCGUCUGCAUCAAUAAGAUCUAUCUCAGCGGCAAGGCAGCUCCCCUCAAUGUGGUCAAAAGCACCUUCGCCAAGUCAUCCAAGGCCCACGUUCAGAAGAUGGAGAUGGUGUGGGGGCAGAAGAUGUAGCUCAGUUUCUCUAUAAUUUUCAAUCUGUCAUUUUAUGUCACACAAGAUGAGAUUAAUAAUAUUCUUUUUAUCAUUUUGGCAGCUGCUGGUUGGAUUUGUGUGAAAAUUUGAGGAACCAUCUAAGACUGGCCGGUCCUAAAAGUCUUAUCAAGCCCGGUCAAUCAUUGAAUAAAUUCAUGUUAAUGAAGAACAUGAUAAAUGACAUUGUUUUGUUAUCAAAAUUUCCUUUAAGCAGUUACAAUUCUUACAAUAGAUCAAAAGGUUUGGAUCAGCAGCCAGUGUUUUAUUCUCCUCCUCUGUUCAUCAAAUUCAAAACAUUGCCUUAUUUAUCAAAUUAAUUUUCUUAAAUUGAAGCGCCAACCCAUUUAAUUAUCUGACAUGUCGCUGGAAAUAAGUUGUUUUGUAUCCAUGGUUACCACAAUGUAGAUUUGUUACCUCUCAUUUCUCUUGGUAAUUAAAACCUUAUGAACACUCUGAAA